UCAAAAUUUCCUCUCCCUCUCUCUAUAUUUCCGAACCGAUAAAAAAUGGCUUUAACGCUUCAUUCUUCAUCUUCGUUUAUCAAUGCAAUAGACAUAAAAACCUUAAAAACACAAGAAGAAUCCUUAAUAGGAUCCAUCUCUUAUGCUCAGCUAAACUCAUCAACAUGUCGUCUACGUGUGAAAAGCUCAAUAAAGAUCGAACCCGUAUCAAGUGAUAACAAGUCUCAUACGUCGAUUUUCGAUGGGAAGAGAGAACAUGAGAUAUUGGAGAAGUUUCAUGGACUAUCAGGUGGUCGGAAGACGGGUUCAGGUGUGCCGGUUUUUGUUAUGUUACCACUUGAUACGGUGUCGAUUGGUGGGAAUCUGAACAGAGCAAGAGCCAUGAAUGCUAGUUUGAUGGCAUUGAAAAGUGCAGGAGUUGAAGGAGUUAUGGUUGAUGCAUGGUGGGGUUUGGUCGAGAAAGAUGGACCAUCCAAAUACAAUUGGAAUGGUUAUAUUGAGCUUAUUCAAAUGGUUCAAAAACAUGGUUUGAAGAUUCAAGUUGUCAUGUCUUUUCAUCAGUGUGGAGGAAAUGUUGGAGAUUCUUGCAGUAUUCCUUUACCACCAUGGGUACUAGAAGAAAUCAGCAAAAACCCUGAUCUCGUAUACACAGACAAAUCUGGUAGAAGAAAUCCUGAAUACAUAUCACUAGGUUGUGAUUCAUUACCUGUUCUUAAAGGUAGAACACCCAUCCAGGUCUAUUCUGAUUUCAUGAGAAGCUUUCGUGAAACAUUCUCAGAUUAUCUUGGAGGAGUCAUUGUGGAAGUACAAGUAGGAAUGGGCCCUUGUGGAGAGCUAAGGUACCCAUCUUAUCCAGAGAGCAGUGGAACUUGGAGAUUUCCUGGAAUAGGAGAGUUCCAAUGUUAUGACAAGUACAUGAGAGCUUCUCUGAAAGCGGCAUCAGUAGCAAUCAAAAAUGAAAAAUGGGGAAUAAGUGGACCUCAUGAUUCUGGUAACUACAACCAAUUCCCAGAGGAUACCGGAUUCUUUAAAAGAGAGGGAACCUGGAACACUGAGUACGGUCAGUUUUUUCUAGAAUGGUACUCCGAAAAACUAGUUGAACACGGUGAUCAACUGUUAGGAGCUGCAGAGGGGAUUUUCCGAGGGACCGGAGCAAAACUAUCGGGCAAAGUAGCUGGUAUUCACUGGCAUUAUGGAACUAGAGCACACGCAGCUGAAUUAACUGCUGGUUAUUACAACACCAGGAAUAGAGAUGGAUACUUGACUAUUGCUCGAAUGAUGGCUAAGAGAGGUGUUGUUCUAAACUUUACGUGUAUGGAGAUGAGAGACGGAGAACAACCUGCACAUGCAAAUUGCUCUCCUGAAGGACUAGUAAAGCAAGUCAAAAUGGCAACAAAAACAACUGGAACGGAACUUGCAGGUGAAAAUGCACUGGAAAGGUACGAUGAAAGCGCAUUCGAACAGGUAUUAGCAACGAGCAGGUCAGAUAACGGAAAUGGAUUAACAGCCUUCACAUACUUGAGGAUGAAUAAAAGAUUGUUUGAAGGUGAGAAUUGGAGGAAUUUGGUUGCAUUUGCAAAGAACAUGUCUGAAGGUGGUAGAAAUGUUGGACUCUCUGAAUACGAUACUGGUAAAUCGGAUCUUUAUGUUGGCCUUAUCAUCAAAAAGGAUAAGGAAACUAAGGAAACUGUACUAGUGUAAAGAUUCAUUGUAGUUUCAGAAUGAAUUUUAAAUAGGAAAAAGAUAAGGGAGUAGAGCAAACCAAGCAGUCCAGAGUGAUGCUCUCGACUCCGUAGCGGUACGUCAACCAAAGGAAUAAUUUGAUUCGAAACGAAUGGGAGUCGUUAAUGGCCAUUAACCCUCACAAAACAUCUGAACGCAAUAAUGUUUAGGGCAACAAUAUGCGAGGCACGGGCACCUUUCCACUUGCUUGUGCUCUUUCAGGAAUUCAUACAAAAAGAUAAGCUGACCUCUCUCUUCUCUGUAUCUUUUUGUACAAUGAAGAUAUAUUUGUAAGCUUAAUUAGAAAGAAUUUUUUACGUAUAAUGUAGGAUUAUGUGUGUAAGUAUGUACAGCAUUUGUGAAUGAAUAUUUAUAAAGAAGAUUUUGAGAUUAUCUAUCGUUU